UCUUCAGUCUCAUUGGGCAGAAUUCAGGAUCAGUUGAUCAUCAGUGGAUAACAUCAUCUCUCUCUCUCGCUCCACGUCUCAGGAAGAAUCUUUUCUCUUGUUAUUCUACUUUUUCUUCCUGCGUCGUGGUCGGCAGCUCGACCUCUGGAUCUCUGGACCUCUGGACUGGUUCUCCAGCACCAUGGACCGGGCCUUGGACAGUCUGGACGCCGCUCGAUUCUUACAGAUCUGGCAACAUUUCGACAAACACGAUGACGGUCACAUUGAGGAAAAGGAGCUGGACGCCUUCUUCCAACACAUGCUGGCAAAAUGUGGGAUGAAGAGGGAGGAGAUAACUGAGGACGACAUCAGACGACUGAGGGAAAGAUUCACGUCUGCUCACAGCGCUGCAGCUGACGGACGUCUGCACCUGGAGGAGCUGGCCACUGUGAUGCUGCCGGAGGAGGAGAACUUCCUGCUUCUGUUCCGCAGAGAGACGCCGCUGGACAACAGCGUGGAGUUCAUGCGGAUCUGGAGGAACUACGACACAGACAGCAGCGGCUACAUCUCAGCGAAUGAGCUGAAGGGCUUCCUGCAGGACCUCUUCCUCCAGCACAGGAAGUCCAUCACAGCUGACAAGCUGGAGGAGUACACCGACACCAUGAUGAAGAUGUUUGAUAAAAACAGGGACGGCAGACUGGACUUAAACGACCUGGCCAGAAUCCUGGCCCUGAAAGAAAACUUCUUACUGAAGUUUAAGAUGGACGCGUGCAGUCAGGAGGACAGGAAGAGAGACUUUGAGAAGAUAUUCGCUCACUAUGAUGUUAGUAAGACAGGAGCGUUGGAGGGACCUGAAGUGGAUGGAUUUGUCAAGGACAUGAUGGAGCUGGUGAAGCCCAGCAUCAGCGGCACAGACCUGGACAAGUUCAGGAAGGCCCUGAUGGGUCACUGCGACAUCAACGGAGACGGAAAGAUCCAGAAGAACGAGCUGGCUCUCUGCCUCGGCCUCAAACUCAGCUAACCAACCCUCAUUCACACAUUCACACGUCUGACUCCUCAUCUAAACUUUGCUUUUUGCAUUUUAACGUGCAGCUUUGACUCCUCCCUCCCGUCCUGCCGUCCUCCCCGACAGGCUCUCAGUUUGGUGACCGAUGUAUUAACAUAAGAACAGUAUAUUCCAGGAUUUUAUAUAUUUUUCUGUAUUAAAAUUCCCAGCAAAGACCGAGAUAAUGUGUUCUCACUGUGGAUCUAUGCCACCAGGAUUUAAACACCAGUUAGAAGAUGUAAGAAAUCUGUUCUGACUGCGUGACGUGUUGCUUCCUCGUGACGUGGUGACAUGUGAAACUGUGUUUGCGCGACGUUAUUGUGAAACCAGUAAUGUGAAUGAUGGUCAAUAAAAUGUGUUUCAUCUUU